UGUAGCCGGAAGGCGGCUGCGGAGAAACGCGUUUUGGUCUGUGUUUGGCCCUUCGAAGGCGCCGUAGCCAGUGCUUGGCGCCGGCCUGGCUUCCGGGAGCAGGCGCUGCGGGCGCUGUGAGGAGCGCGGCGCCGGGCAGGAUGUUGGUGUUAGUGCUGGGAGAUCUUCACAUUCCACAUCGAUGCAACAGCCUCCCAGCCAAGUUCAAAAAGCUGCUGGUUCCAGGGAAGAUCCAACACAUCCUCUGCACGGGAAACCUCUGCACCAAGGACACUUAUGACUACCUCAAGACUCUGGCUGGGGACGUUCAUGUUGUCAGAGGGGACUUUGAUGAGAACCUGAAUUAUCCUGAACAGAAAGUUGUAACUGUUGGACAGUUCAAAAUUGGGCUGAUUCAUGGCCAUCAGGUUAUUCCCUGGGGUGACAUGGCCAGCCUGGCACUGUUGCAGAGGCAAUUUGAUGUGGACAUCCUAAUUUCAGGACACACACACAAAUUCGAGGCAUUUGAACAUGAAAACAAGUUCUAUAUCAAUCCGGGAUCAGCUACAGGAGCCUAUCAUGCCUUAGAGAACAACAUCAUUCCUUCAUUUGUGCUGAUGGAUAUCCAAGCUUCCACGGUAGUUACGUAUGUCUAUCAACUAAUUGGAGAUGAUGUGAAAGUAGAAAGAAUUGAGUACAAAAAAUCUUAAACAUGCUUUGGCUUGUCUGGUAUUUUUACCAUCUCAUUCUGAACUGCAAAUUCCAAUACUUGAUUGCUAGUUUACAGUCCUACCCUUACUCACUAACAGCUUAAACAAUGUAGCUUCUUGGUAAUAACUUUGAAACAUCAUUGUGUUUGCUUUUCUCUAUAUGAAUUGAUUUGUAAAAUAUUCCAUUAAAGUAACUGUUUAAGUACUGUU